UCAGGGGAAGAUAAAAUGGACCCUCUGAUAGCGGAACACAGUGUGGCUGUGUUGGACAAACUGCGUCAGCACAGGCAGAAUGGACUCUUCACAGACGUCACGAUCACGGUGGGGAAAACUGUGUUCCCGGCACACAGGAAUGUCCUGUCCGCGUCCUGUCCGUACUUCGAGGCGCUGUUCUCGUCUCAGAUGUCGGAGAGUCGGUCCGACAACAUCCCCAUAACCUUCACCAGUCCUCAGGCCAUGGAGGCCAUCCUGGACUACCUCUACAUCGGCAGAAUUGAGGUUGCCCCUGACAAUGUUGAAGAAGUGUUGAUGGCCGCUGACCAGCUCCUGUUAACCAACCUGAAGAACAUCUGCUCGGAGUUCCUGCAGCAGAACCUGACCAUCAAAGACUGUCUGUACAUCAAGGUGCUGGCAGAUCUGUACGGCCUGGAGGAGCUCUUCCAGAGGGCCAGCAAGUUUAUACAGGACUAUUUUGACGCAGUGAUCUGCAAUGACGACAUGAUGUUAGCCUCUUUCGAGACGAUUCUGGAACUGAUCUCAGACGACAAGGCGCGUGUCCUCAAAGAGGAGUCUGUGUUCGAGACUAUCGUCAGAUGGACAGAGUACGACCUGUCCAACAGGAAGGAGUACUUUCCCAAACUGAUGGGCCAGGUCCGACUGGUUCAGCUGGAUGAGAAGUACCUACUGGAGACGGUACAGAACCACCCCCUGGUGAAGGACUGUAAGGAGUGCAGGGAGUACCUGUACGAACUCAUGCGGUCAUACGUCAUGUCAGAGAUCGACCCUAAAACCGAGAUGUCCGGCAGUGUCCGACUGAAACCCCGCCAGGGCUCUCUGAAGACAGUGAAUGGGUUCGUUAUUGACGAGAACCGCUGGGUGGCGCUGCCGGACCUGCCGAUGCCGGUGUUCGGCCACGCCAUCGCCCUGCUGGACGGGUGUGCGUACGUGGUGGGCGGGACCUGUGCACGAUCGGUCUACAAAUAUGACCCGCUGAACAACUCCUGGUCUUCCGUAGCAGACAUGAACAUCCCCCGCCUGCUGCUGUCUGUAGUGGUCUGCGACAGACAGCUGUAUGCCAUAGGUGGCUGUAUCUCCUCGGAGAUGUUCCUGGACUCCGUGGAGGUGUAUGACCCUCAGGAGGACGACUGGCAGCCGAUCGCCAGCAUGCAGACGCCCCGCUGUCUCACCCAGUGUGUGGCGCGGGACGAGAGACACAUCUACACUGUCAGUGGGUGGCGGGGCGGUACCAACAUCAGUAACGCCAUAGAGAGAUAUGACCUAAGAGACGACACCUGGUCACUGCUGCCUCCGUAUGAAGAACCAUUUCCCAUCAUUCCUCACAUCAUGUUGCUAGGCAACAACAUCCACAUGACCUUCCUGGGUCAGAAGGUUCUUCACUUCAACACGGAGGACAACACGUGGAAAGUAUCGAAAGAGGUUGUCCCUGCAAUACCGCGUGAACCCGCCAGGCGGUACCCCGCCGCCUGUAUGGACAGCGGGGACUUGUUCGUGUGUGGAGGGAGGACGCGUGAUAAGUUACUGGACACGGGAUUCCUGUAUGUCGGCGCCGUGAAGGAAUGGUACUCCAUCGCCAAAAUGGCCAAACCUACAACAGGUGCCGUGUGCACAGUGACCCCCAUCCCGUACGAGUUUGUAAAGGCGGCAGACGCACCCAAACCUACAGAAAAGGCUUCUCAGACAGACUCAGCGGAGGGAAAGGGUGACCAAGGGGAAGAAGAAACACGAGAAAGGGAUGGAGGGCAUGAGGAAGAGGUGGGGGCUGUGGGAGGGGGACCUGAACAAUGAACUAUGCUUUGUAUAUUUCGUACAUGUACUAUCAACAUCCAGAUAUUCAUUCAAUCUGUUUCAGAUGAAUAGGAAAAUGAGUUUAUGUAUGUAUGUAUGUAGGUAUGAUUAUGUUGCCUUUACUUCAAAAGCAAAGUGACAGUGUAUAUAAAAGAUCUAGAUAGAAUGUACUGGUUCUGAUAUGUAUGAAUCUAUAUACAUCAUAUUGAGCUGAAAUUAUGUGAAACAGGCACGUUAGCCUGUGUCAAUCAUGUUUAGCACACCAAGGACAGACAUGCUAGUCUGUAUGGAUAGUGUUCAGCACCAAGGACAGACAUGCUAGUCUGUGUGGAUAGUGUUCAGCA